AUGGGAGCACCAACUUCGGAAAGGGCAGUAGCAAAGCUCAUGUGCGCAGCAGCCGACAAGGAUGGGGAUGGCAAGAUCAACGCCAGCGAAUUCAAGAAGCACCUCACUCCCGUGGGCAGCUGGUCGGCGGCGUCAGAAGAUGAGGUCUUCAAGCGUGCGGACACAGAUGGUGAUGGCCAACUGUCAGAAGCAGAGAUGGCAACAUCUUUCCGCAUCGGCACCGCUUGGCCAGGGCUCGCAGACAGCAAAUGGGACCAGGAGCAACUGAGGCAAUUCUUCUCCACGUUCGAUUCCGAUGGCGAUGGCAUUGUGAGUGAGGAAGAGUGCAAGGAGUGGUACCGCCGACUGGACACAAACGGAGAUGGCAAAGUGUCAUCUGCCGAACUUGCUGAGGCCUCGAGCUUGGCGCGGCAAAAGCUCUCAAGCAGCAUGAUGAAGUUGGGGGACGGAGACAACAAUGGUGCACUUGAUGAAGGCGAGUGGCACAAAGCUCUGAGCAACUUCUGCCAGCAUCUCAGUGAGAGUCAGCGCUCGGAACUGAUGAAGCUCGCUGAUACGGAUGGAGACGGGCUUGUAUCGGAGUCAGAGCUGAACAGCCUCAUUGCCAAGCUCGAUGUUGAUGGCGAUGGAAAGCUAUCAGAGUCAGAGCUGCCGGGCUCUAGUUCAAGCCUGGUCGCUGGCACAGCAAGCGCUCUGGAGCCCUGGAUGCGUCAGUUGACCAGGCUGGCACCAGCAAAUGCACGAAUGCCUUGCCAGGCUGCCAUACAGAUCUUGUGUGCCUAUCUGAGGGGAGGAUCCGUCGCAGGCGCAGUCGCAGGCGCAGCUUGGAAUAUUGCCACAAGCCCAGCAGCUGGAUUGGGUUUAUUCGAGCACGCCUACCGUUGGUUGAAAAGAGGCCGCCAAGCCGCAGCGGCCAACGCCCCAGCCCAAGAGCAGGCCAUCCAGUCUCCACCUGCAUGUCCCGUGCAGCAAGCCGCAAGCAACGUUGCAGCCCAAGAGCCACCUUUCGUGCAGCAAGCUUCAAGCAGCCAGGUUGCAACGAUCGAUUCCACAAGCCCCAUUUGCUCCAUGUGCAGAAAUGCUAAUGGUGCUUUGCUGCCACCGCAGUGUUGCGGACGGCCCGUAUGCCGUCGCUGCAUUGCCCGGAUCAUCAUAGCCGACAUCCCGGUUUGUCCCUUCUGCAAAGGCACCAUGGAGCUGCUGAAUCUUCGCGCGUGA